AUGGAGCGCCCCGCCAAGGUCGUGACCAUGGGCGAGUACGUCGUCGAGAAGAAGAUCGGCAAGGGCUCCUACGCGCAGGUCUACCGGGGCUACCACCAGGUCACGCACGUGCCGGUCGCGGUCAAGGUCAUUGACGGCUCCAAGCUCAACCCAAAGCUCCUCGACAAC